CACGUGUAAAGUUAGUAUGAGCCAAUCAUGCGAUUGCUAUGCGUUUCAUGUCAGCAGUGUAAUUAAAGUGCAUCAUGUGCAAAGCCCCCUCACUCCUCAUCAGAGGAAACCAGAGACCUCAAACACCUACAAUAUUUCAUCUCAGUUUUAUCUUUGAGCCUUAUGGGCUAGGUUCAUCAUCCAGUUAUCACCAGCAAGACUGCUCAAGUUGUGUUUAACAAUGGCGUCGAACAGCACUGAUAUUCCUCUGCAUAUGACAUUAAGCAGUUUCUCCACAACUGAAUCUUCGUUUCAGAAAGGGAAUGAUUCUGCCAGUAAUAUUACUGACAGCAAUGACUACUCAACUUAUUACGAUGGAAAUUAUGAUGGCACUGAACCCUGUGAUUAUGGAAGCCACGGGAGCCGUUUCCUGCCCUUGCUCUAUUCUCUAUUCUUUUUGGUGGGCUUCUUUGGAAAUACGCUCGUGGUGUGGGUCAUCAUGAUGGGUGCUCAGCUGAAAAGCAUGACCGACGUGUGCCUUCUGAACUUGGCUGUAGCCGACCUGCUCCUGGUUAUGUCUCUCCCCUUUCUGGCCUACUACGCCGCCAACCAUUGGAUUUUUGGGCAAGUUUGUUGCACCGUGGUACUCGGCAUGUACUACGUGGGGUUCUAUGGCAGCAUCUUCUUCAUUGUACUGAUGAGCAUCGACAGGUACUUGGCUGUAGUCCACGCUGUCUAUGCUCUAAGGAUCCGAACAAAGGCAUAUGGGAUUGUGGCCAGCCUGAUCAUCUGGAUCAUGGCUUUCUCAGCGUCUUUCCCUGAGCUGAUUUACAUUAAGGUUGAAAAUAAGGUCGAAUCACUUUGCACUGCAUAUCCAAACAUAUCCGAUCAUCAUUUCUUGAGAACCUUUGGCCUAUUUAAAAUCAACGUUGUUGGCCUGCUGAUUCCACUGAUGAUUGUGGGAUUCUGCUACACAAUGGUGCUGAGAAGGCUCCUCAAGAUCCGCUCCCGCAAAAGAUUUGCCAUUCGCCUGGUUGUCCUGGUUAUGGUGGUGUUCUUCUGCUGCUGGACACCCUACAACAUCGCAGCAUUCAUCAAAGGUCUGGAAUUGAAGCAUGUCAUAAAUCAUCAUUGUGAGACCAGCAAGAGUAUUCAGUUGGCUCUACAGAUCACCGAGGCCAUUGCGUACUCACACAGCUGCCUGAAUCCCUUCCUCUACGUGUUUGUUGGAGAGAAGUUUAAGAGGCAUCUCAUCAAGCUCCUGCGCCUGACACCUUGCAUCAAGCUGAAGUUCAUGACGAGCUACCUGUCCCAGGCUGUAGGCUCUGUGUAUUCGCAGACUACCAGCGUGGACGAGCGCUCUACUGCCAUGUAAAUGAAGCAGGCACAAAACUCUUGAACGAAUAUGAAAUAUACAAUAAAGUAUCUAUCUAUCUAUCUAUCUAUCUAUCUAUCAUUCUGAAGUAUUAAUUUUGUGAUAAUCUUGAAUGUCUUGAUGUUUUAUGUGAUAGUGUCACACAGUUGCAGAUUUGAAGCCACAGUUUACUGAUUUGAAAAGAGUUUAAGAGGGUGGAGUUUCAGCCAGAGUGUCAGGCGCGAAAAACUGUCCGAUUCGAAAGUUCUGAAACACACGUCGGUGAACAACUGAAGGAGAACGGCGGCAACCCCGCCCACCACCACCCCCCCCGCCCUUGAACAACUGAAGAACUGCGUGCAAACCUAACCCCCCAAGAGGUAAGAGGUAAAAGGUAAACAGGUAGGUAGGUAACAGGUAACAGAACUAACCAUGUGACCUGUGUUGAGAUUAUUUCUGAUAGCUGGUUAAAAAGACUCCUCUCCGAAUCAAAACACACAGAUUAAAGCCACCGUGUGAUUAAUAAACUGCAGCGGUGUGAGUCAGUUAUCUUAACUUUGGAAUUAGUUCGAUUGGGAGUCAAGGUUUAAGAAAAAAAAAUAAACUAUGUAUGUAAUGUUCAUCUUGCCCUGAUGUGCCUGAUCAGCUAAUCACUAUUUAAUUAGCAAAUUGUGUUUAUUAAUUUAGUAUUGCAGGACUUACUGUAAGCUAUAGUGAACGAAAAAACUAGUGAUCUAGAAACUGGAUUUUGUGAAUAGCCAGAAUUUAGUACUAUAUUUUAUGUUGGCAGUUUAAAGCAGUUUCCUAACCCUGGUCUCUGCCCUAAAAUGUGUGUUUUUCACCAGAUUCAACUGAUCAGCUAAUAAACAUCCUUUACUGAGUUUACCUGUUAAAAUCCCUUAGCCCCCUAUUGAGCAUAAAUCAUUAUGUAUAUCCAGUAGUGUUUUAUACACAUCAUACCACCACUUACUUUAUUAAGUGACUUUAAAGCAGAGAAAACAGUGGGUACAUGCAGUAGAAUGUGUAGGAACAGGGUUGAGAAACACAACUCUAACCUGACUUCUGUUUAUUUGUAGUUCACAGUAAGACCAUGUCCUAAGUAAAUAGAGGGAUUCCAGGCGAAUCCAAAUGUUUUUUUCUGAUGUCUAAUAUUAUUAUUUGACUUCUGUCAAAAAUCUCCAUGAAGCGUCAAGUUACAUUCUUUUUUCAAAAAAGGACACCUUCGUAAGUGCUUUCAGUAAAAAAAAAUAAAAACGCAGAUGAUAACAUAUCAGUUUUUGUCAUAUAUGUAUAUAAUUUCAUGCAUAUUUAAAUGUAAUGUGGAGUAACAUGUUUAGGUUGUAAAGUCACCUUUACUUGGAUGUAACUAAUUAUAAACAGAAUACAGAAAAAUUUAUUCUUUGAUUCUUUGAUUAAACGUAAUUCCACAAAUGUUGUUUUAAGACACUGUAGGGUGGGCUUCGGCUCAUAUUAGCAAAUGUGUCCCCCCCCCCUGAUAUCAAACCCGCUCCUACGCCCUUGUGCGGGCAUCAGGGAGCCGUUAUUGAUAUGUGGUAGACUCCCGCAACUUUCAGGAGACUUUGGAUGUCCGGGAAGACAUUAUAUACAUAUACAUAUUUUAUAUACAUAACUGUUUGUGCAAUAGCUAAAAUAUGGGAUGUACUUGAGUUAAAUUGGUGCUUCAAAUAGCAACUAAGUCUUGAAUCAUGCUCCUCAACGACUUGCAAAUAAACUCUGACAUACUGCGCUCCCACAUUGUAGUCUAACGUAGAGAGUAAACUAAGAUAGUCCAGAUAUUUACUUUGUAGUUACAACUGUACUUGAUGAAAAAUUUCAUUGAGAGUUUAAUUCAAUUUAAUGAGAAUUUCCUCUGUUGAUUAAAUUAUGUCACAGUAUUUUAUUUCUUUAUUUUAAUAUGUAGUGCUAUUAGUUUAGUUUUUCUUUUUAUCAAUAAUUGAACUUAAAAAUAACUUAUUUGAAAGUUCCAGUGUGAACACCGGGUUAGCAGCUGACCUCUCACACACAAGACCUCAGCCUCCACAGGAAGUAGAGCUGACUCUGCCAACUCUUGUACGGGCUGUGUAUAACAUUACACUUUCUGUUUGAUUCAUAUUUAAAACAGAAGUUGGGCGACACUUUUUCUAACCAAGAAUUAUUUCCUCAUUGACGCUCGUGAAGGAAAGAGAAAUGCAAGGGUCAUGAUGAAAAUAAUUCUUUGCAAAUCUUUAGUCUUUUGAAAUAUAUUCUGUACAACAUUCUCUACUCUUUGUAAAAAAAAUAUAUAUUCUGUAAUAAUUCAAUUUUAUACAGUUAAUCAAGAUCAGUGGAGCAUCUGAAUGAAAGCGCAGCGAAAGUUCUACUAAAGACUCCAAUGCUACGUCACCUAAUUACCUAUCCAAUCAGCUGUUCCCUUCUGCCUUUAAAUAAGAUCACUCAUUCAGUACCUUUGCUGCCUUUCAGACGCUGAUGGUCUUUCUCACCCUCCUCCUUCCCCACCGCCUCCAGGUUGGUCCCGUUUGGUUGCCCGGGGGUUGGCUCCGCCCAUGUCUCCAAUGUACGACAGGAUCUGCAGAGCCCAGAUGUAUCAAGUCCUGGGCCGAUGACGGGGCCUACGCCAAAGACUCUACUAGAAGACUGUUUCAUUAUAACCUCUUCAUAUACGUAUCUUUGUUUUGCUAAAUAUGUUAAAACAUUAAAUCGUGCAACUGACAACA